CAGUGCUGCCGGUUGUGUCAGUGAGAAUACAUUGUUCCAAUAAUAUAAAAAGUAUAUGUUCUUGAAAUGUUUAAAAAUUUGUGUCAGAGAUUUAUAAAAGUUACAUUUUGUAAACAUAAUUUAAUUAUCAUGAAUUUCAACAAUAAAUCUGCAGCAUUAACGGAGCCAAUUCCCUUUUCGAAAGAUUUUCUGUUUCGUCAAAUGUUCGACCCCGUGUCCAGCACGUACACUUAUCUGCUGGCCGACAUCAACGAUAAGACUGCGAUCUUAAUUGAUCCGGUGAUUGAAUGGGCGGAACGAGAUAAAACCAUUAUUCAGGAAUUGGGAUUAACGUUAAAGUAUGCUAUAAAUACGCAUAUGCACGCUGAUCAUAUCACCGGAACAGGAAGGCUGAAGUGCUUGUUACCUGGUUGCCAGUCAAUGAUAUCACGUAGCAGCGGCGCUAAGGCUGAUAUACUCUUGAAUCCGGAUGACCAAAUAUGCUUCGGCAGGCACAAUUUACGGGUGCUGCCUACUCCCGGACAUACUGAAGGUUGCGUUACUUAUGUCUGCGACGAACAGGGUGCCGCAUUCACAGGCGACACUCUUUUAAUCCGCGGAUGCGGACGAACGGAUUUCCAGGGCGGCUCCGCAGAGGUGCUGUACAAGUCCGUGCACUCUAAAAUUUUUACCUUGCCAGCGUGUUUCAAGCUAUACCCAGCCCACGAUUACUGUGGCAGAACAGUAACCACAGUGGCGGAGGAGAAGGCCUUUAAUCCGAGAUUAACUAAAUCUCUAAGCGAAUUUGUCGACAUAAUGAACAACCUUAAUCUGCCCUACCCGAAAAUGAUCGAUAAAGCUGUGCCGGCUAAUAAAGUUUGCGGAUUAUACGAAGUUCACGAGGAACAGAAACCAUGAAGAGAUGAACACUCGAGCGAUAUUUUUACAUACGUUCAUCGAUCGGCCAGUUGUUAAUUCGAUUUUGUCGUUUUAUGUUCUAUAAUAACGCGCGAUGCAAGUAUUUUAAUUAUACCGUAGAUAAUCUAGAAUAGAAAUAAUCCGGAAAGAAACGAAUUAAUUUAAAUAACGCUCGAUUUUCGAAUUCGCGUUGCCAUUGAAAUGAAAAUGCCGCAUUACGACCAUUUUAUUUUCGUCAAAUAUUUGGCUCGGCUUUCGAAUAGCGUAUGCUAGAUUAAAAGAACUAAUUAAAUUUCUGCCCGGAAUAUUCCGUACUAGACGCUGAAUUAUUUGACCUGUACUACUCUGCGUGCUUAUUCCUCCGGAUACAAUGUUCUUCCAUAAACAUGUUAUCUUCCGUGUCCAGCACAAA